AUGACUAAAAGUCAUCCUCUUAAUGUGAGAACGGUAAAUAUCAGUUCUCCUAUUCUUGCUGCCAAAAGUGGUUUCUUUCUUAAGUUGCUCUCGAAUGGCACAGAAGAGCAACAGUAUGUAAUUGUACAAAUUCAUGAGUCGGAAAAAGCCGCUCUGAUGGACCUGUUGAAGUUUAUAUAUUGCAAUAGUUUAUCAAGUAAAACACCAAGUGGUCUUGUUGAUGUGCUGAUGGCGGCUGAUAAGUUUGAGGUGUCGUCUUGCAUGAGAUACUGCAGCAAUGAACUGCAGAAUCAACACAUGACAAUUGAAAGAGCAUUGCGCUAUUUGGAUCUUCCUUCCAAAGUAUUAAAUGUUGAUGCAGUUCAGCCAUUAGCAGAUGCGGCCAAUCUGUUUAUUAUCCUCCGUUUCAGGGACAUAAACAAGUUCGAAAAAGAAGCAUUGAGUUUGCCUCUUUCGGGAAUUAAGGUUGUUCUGUCCAGUGAUCUUCUUCGGAUUGCAUCAGAGGAUGCUGUCUAUGACUUUGCGUUGAAGUGGGCUCGUAUGUAUUGUGUGUCGUGA